ACGAACAUGCAGCAACUUGACUGUCAUUGUGCAAUCGUGGUCAAGGUACUGUCUGUAAUUCCUCCAAACUUCAAACAGAGGGCAGAUUUGCAAUUGCAAACACCACACAGGACGCAGCAAUCUCUUCUUGGAGGCAUCAAUUUCGAAAAUGAACAAAUAUACUUUUUUAUAUAUCCUGUGCAUUUUGUGUACGGUUCGUUUAACUACACCAUUCAAAGCAGAGCGGAGUUCCCAAGACAUCUUAAUCACUAGCAAAUUGCGCACCAAAAGGCAGAGUUGUCAAGAUGGCACUUACCAGCAUGAGGGAAUGGCAUGCUGUCUCUGUGCGGCUGGCCAACAUCUGGAGAGCCACUGCAGUGUGAGCCCAGAGGAUGGGACCUGUGUUUACUGUGAGGAAGACAGGACCUACAACAGUGACCCCAACUCUCUGGACUCCUGUGAGCCCUGCACUUCCUGUGACCCUAAAGCCAAUCUGGAGGUGGAGGACAGAUGCACCAUCUUCAAGGACUCAGCAUGUCGAUGCCAGCAGGGCCACUACUGUAACAAGGGGAAGGAGCACUGCAGGGCCUGCUACCCAUGUACCAUAUGCAGUGAAGAGGGCAUCAAGGUAGCCUGUAGCGCCACCAACAACACCAUAUGCCAUGCCUUCAAAGAACAAGGAAGCAAUUUGGCAGUAGGAUUUGUCCUGACUACUGUUCUUCUUGUCGUUUUGAUUGUGAUCAUUUGCCUGUGGCGAAAGAAUAAAUUUUGUUUUGGGCCAAAUGGUGGUUUGACAGAACUGCCCAACCGGAGUUCAGAGGAAAUGCAGCCACUGAGAGGUGUUAAUCUCUGGCCACACCUCCCAGACAUCGCUAAGACCUUGGGGUGGAGGGACAUGAAACAGGUGGCCGAGUGCAGUGGGAUGACACAUGCCGACAUAGAAUCCCACCAGCUGAACUUUCCCAAUGACUCCCAGGAGCAAUGCUCCAGCCUACUGAGGGCCUGGGUGGAGAAGGAGGGGAUGACCACAGCCUCUGAGACACUGGUCCAGACUCUACUCCGCAUGAAGAAAAAGGUCAAGGCAGAGGAUAUCGUGGCUAUCAUCAGCAACAAGGAGGAUGGCGUCACAGGGAAAAACUCAGGAUCAGGACAGGUGUAGAUACUGUAUGUACAGUAUGGUUAAACCACUGCCUUUAACCAUGGACAGAUGACCGAGAAUAUGGCCGAAUAUAAACAGUGUAGUUAUUCCCUCCACAAGGCAAUCAAAAAUGUGAAAUGUUGUUAUACGGACAAAGUGGAGUCGCAAUUCAACGGCUCAGACACAAGACGUAUGCGGCAGGGUCUACAGGGAAUUACGGACUACAAAAAGAAAAUCAGCCACAUCAUGGACACCGACGUCUUUCUUCCAGACAAACUAAACACAUUCUUUGCCUGCUUUGAGGAUAAUACAGUGCCACCGAUGAGGCCCGCUACCAAGGACUGCGGGCCCCCCCUCUCCUUCUCCGUGGCUGACAUGAGUAAGACAUUUAAACGUGUUAACCCUUGCAAGGCUGUUGGCCCAGACUGCAUCAAUAUGGUCACCAUUGUUCCUGGUCUUUCAGGGUGUGUGCUCAGCCCCCUCCUGUACUCCCUGUUCACCCAUGACUGCGUGGCCAUGCACACCUCCAACUCAAAUCAUUGUUUGCAGACGACACAACAGUAGUGGGCUUGAUUACCAACAACGACGAGACAGCCUACAGGGAGGAGGUGAGGGCUCUCAGAGUGUGGAGUCAGGAAAACAACCUCUCACGCAACAUCAACAAAACAAAGGAGAUGAUCGUUGAUUUCAAGAUACAGCAGAGGGAGCACCCCCCUAUCCACAUCGACGGGACAGCAGUGGAGAAAGUGGAAAGUUUUAAGUUCCUCUGCGUACAUAUCACGGACAAACCAAAAUGGUCCACCCACACAGAAAGUGUGGUGAAGAAGGCAACAACGCCUUUUCAACCUCAGGAGGCUGAAGACAUUUGGCUUGUCACCUAAAACCCUCACAAACUUUUACAGAUGCACAAUUAAGAGGUGGGACAGCUAAACAGCCAUCACUAACGCAGAGAGGCCGCUGCCUACAUACAGACUCAAAUAAUUGGCCACUUUAAUAAAGGUAUCACUAGUCACUUUAUUAAUGUUUACAUAUCUUACAUUAUUUAACUAGACAAGUCAGUUAAGGACACAUUCUUAUUUACAAUGACGGCCUACACCGGUCAAACCCAUACGACGUUGGGCCAAUUGUGCACCAACCUAUGGGACUACCAAUCAUGGCCAGUUGUGAUACAGCCUGGAUUUGACCAGUGUCUGUAGUGACGCCUCCAGCACUGAGAUGCAGUGCCUUAGAAGCACAAGCAUUUCGCUACACUUGCAUUAACAUCUGCUAACCAUGUUUAUGUGACCAAUAACAAUUUUGUAGUACUGUUCAUGCCAGUCAAGAUGCCAGUAUAGCUGGGUUUAACAGUCUCUUGAGGUUCAGUUUCAUCAGUAACAGGUAAGACCUCUGUUGUUGCAGGGACAAGCUCAUCUGAGUCCUGAUGAGAUAAAGCCAUCAGCAGCUUCAUCCUGUGCUGUGACUCCUUGAGCUGUUGCAUUCAGUAAUUGGUCCACAUUUGUGCGCCGGAUCAUGUUGUACAUUCACAGUGUAGGUCAAGGGUCCUGUCUUUGACACAAUUUCGCCAGCUUGCCAUUUCUGGUUUGGGCUCUUGUAGUUUCUGGCAAUAACUUCCUGUCCAAUGUCAAAGGUUCUGAGUUGUUUUUGUUUUGGGGAACACUGUUUCUGUUGAAUGUGUCAGCAGGUUUGCAUUUAACAAACGGAAAUAAAAUAAAAUUGUACAUUAGAAUAGUUAAAUCCUUCUCUCUUUCCCAAGUCAAAUGUAUCCCUCUCUACCUCCCCAAUUUCUCUCCCCUUUACACCAGCCAAGCCAAGCUUCUCUCAACCUCCCAUCCUUGUCAACCCAAGCCAAGCUUGGCCUUAUUUCUCAUUCUUGGCCAUCCUUGCCCACCCUUACCCACCCAAGCCAAGCUCGUCCCAACCUCUCAUAUUUUCCCACUCUCUCUUCCUCUCAGACACACAAACAUUCACCCACACACAUACCUACACUCUCACACACAGACACACAUAUAGAAGUUAUUGACAUACAUGCUAUAUCAUCCCAUUUGUAUUGUCAUCGGUGUCCAUGUAGCCCAUUGGCAUCGGAUACUUCUAUCAUUAAUUUAUUGAGCAGAACAGUUGCUUGGGAAAGUCUAGUGUAGAUUAUUCUGGGGGAGGGGGAAUUAAUAUUGUCUCAAUUUACGAUAAACUGGUUUUAGGCAUCAUUGGAUUAAGCCUAUAUUGUGCUCAUCGCUUUUUCCCGCUUCAUUCUCUUCUCAGUAAAUGGGACUCUCCUUGUUGAACUGGAAAGGUUUCUUGCAGCUUGAUUUGGGCUUCUUCGGCGCAUGUGAAUUCCAUCCUUUACCUUCCCUUCCAUACCUCCCUUCCAUACCCACAGCACUGCUGGGAAGUCGGAGCUGAGGUUUAAUCCCCUUUUCCUCCAGUGACUGUCUGAUCGGGAUGUAAUCCAUGCGUCUUUUUCUCAGCUUUGCAGACAGGCCCUGGUAGAAUUGAAUAGUCUGGCUGUGGAUUUAAAUUCAGUUCAACCAUUUAUCUAUAACAUGACCCCUCAACACAUACCCAAUACACCACAUCUCCUCACCUCCUACUUAAAUUGUCACCAUUAUGAGCAACAGUCAUGAGAAGGUACUUUGAGCAACUAGGUGACAACUGCUGGGUCAGGGUGUCACCCAGUAAUAGUUUUGAUCCUCUUACAACUGGUGGUUCUUUUGGUGUUGCUAUACUCGACUUAACUGAUCUGUGUGCCUUUUCCAGAUGACGUCCUCUGCAUUCUGGACAGUGUAGUACACAGGACUAGUCUAAGAAAUGAGUUUAGCAUGAACCCACUUUGGUCCACUGAGGUAGUUUCUUGGGACUCUAGCUGCAGACACCUCCUCCAACCAAUCCUACAGAUGAAGAGGUGCAAGUUGAGGUAUGUUGCGAACCUUCUGACGAGGAUUUUCUUUGAGCUUUUUCCUCGAUGCUUACAUCAAAAAGACGUCAUGAAAAAGACGUGUUACUCUGGUUGUGAUCUGGAUAUAAGACGUCCCGACCAGAUUUCAACUCGACAAAUACGUCUUUUGUCAUGUUCUAUGCCCACUGGGUGGUGUAUGGUUGUAGGCAGUUUAUAUUUGUCAUGUUCUAUGCCCACUGGGUGGUGUAUGGUUGUAGGCAGUUUAUAUUUGUCAUGUUCUAUGCCCACUGGGUGGUGUAUGGUUGUAGGCAGUUUAUAUUUGUCAUGUUCUAUGCCCACUGGGUGGUGUAUGGUUGUAGGCAGUUUAUAUUUGUCAUGUUCUAUGCCCACUGGGUGGUGUAUGGUUGUAGGCAGUUUAUAUUUGUCAUGUUCUAUGCCCACUGGGUGGUGUAUGGUUGUAGGCAGUUUAUAUUUGUCAUGCAGCCAGCUAUUUUAAUUGUGCAAAGGUCUUUGUUGAAUUGUUUUCCAUUAAGUCUGUAUUUUGUUUAUACCCAUGUAAGUCAGGUGAUGUCUACUGUAGUCAUAAAGAUGGGCCCUAUUUUAUUGAAAAAUACAACAACUAUAGCCUUUAACAGUAUUUGACAACUCCACUUCACAUCUCUUGUAUUCUUAUAAAUGUGCGCUGCAUUGUAUGCUAUUCUGUUGAAAUGCAGGACAAAUGAUGUAAAAUAGCCAAAUAAAGUCAGUCAUGGGAGAAUAAAAAAUGUUGACAUGC